AUGUCCGCCGAACCUGGACAAUCAUCACCGUACAGGUCGCCUCAUGGACAAACAAAUAGUCUUUCAGCCGGAAAUUCUUCCACUCCUGCCGCGGCUCCUGCUUCAACCUCUUCCACGACGCGGCCAAAACAAAGAGGGAACGUAUGGAUGCCAACUUUGACACCCACAUCAUUGGCGACGAGAUAUCCUCAAAGAGGGUUGGAUCCCAAACAGUUACAACCUGCAACUCCUCCUCAGGACCAAAACGGUCCUUCGACAUCAUCAGCUACUCCUUCUCAGAGACCUUUGCAUACUCCUUCGACCGCCCAACAUUCUCCGAGACACCCCUCCACACAACCUUUGAACCAAAGCCCUGUACCUCCGCCGAUACCUCAUGCCACUCGACCUAAAAUACACAAUGCGCAAGCGCAACCAGUCCCAGGAUCGCCGUAUCCAGCGCAAUCUACUCCGCAAGCUCAAGCGCCUCAACCUGCGCCUGCCCUGGUUCCGCAUUAUGCGCCCGGAUUGCAGAAUGCAACAGCUCAGCAGCCGAUACAUUCGCAACCGCCGCCCCCACAGGCACAGCCAUGCUCCACCGCUCCCCCGCGUCCUUCGGGGACUGGCGCUGUUUUCGAGGUCGGAAUGAUAUAUCCAUCAAUGGAGGAAGCCCGCGAAGCUCUGCUUUGCCAUACCAUUGCCAAGCACGAAUCAUAUCGGGUGUACAAAUCGGACGCAAGGCGGUAUAUGACCCGAUGUCGCAACCGCGACUGCAAUUACAUGGUUCGAGUCAGCUGGAGAAAGAAGCGGUGCGAGGCAUUCGUGUCCAUGUACAAGCCGCAUACGUGCAGUCCGGACACGCAUGAUAAUUGGCGUCCGGCAGCAUCGGUCAAUUAUCUUGCACCAGCUUACCAGUCUCUCGUCCAAGGAAGUUCAAAGCCGACUGCAGCUCAGAUCCUGGAGAUUGAGCGGCGCAGGGGCAAUCCGAUCCAAUACCACCAGGGAUAUCGGACGCUGAAAGCGAUUGAGCGUAAUCUGUACGGAGAUGCAGCUGAAUCCUUUGAGAAGCUACCCGCGUUCUUGUCAAGGCUUGCUAAGAUCGACCAUGCCGGAUACUGGAAGAUGGAGACGAAGAACGACAUUUUUCAUCGCUGUUUUGUCGCGCCGGCCGCGACGUUGCACGCUUAUACCCUCUGCCGUCGAUUUUUGACCAUUGACCGCGCGCCGUGGAAGACGAAGUGGGAUUUUUCGCUUCUUGUUGCUGCGACAUUAGAUGCGAACGAUCAGGUUCUGCCACUGGCGUGGGCGGUUGUGCCCGAUGAGAAGGUGGAAUCCUGGGCUUUCUUCCUGCGCCAUAUGCGCCUAGCGUUUCCGAAAAUUGAUAGCCCGCGUACUGCGCUGUUGCUUAACCCUCGGCUGGGGAUUGACGAUGCCGUCAGCCAAGAACUACCUGCUGUUGCCAUGAUGUAUUGCUGCGAAUAUCUAUCUCAAACUUUAAUGGAAAAGUUUCGUCCCGAGGAGGAAGUCCGCAAGCAAUUCUGGAAAGCUGCACGAGCGGAAUCGGAACCUACAUUCGCGCAGGCAAUAGCUCAAAUCAAACACCCGCGUGCGAAACAGUGGAUCGAGUCGAUCCCACGACAAAGAUGGGCCAAGCACGCCUUGCCAGUUCCUCGGUAUGAGCAACUGUCCAUGACCACCAUGGAAUCUCUGCACUUCUUAUGGUUGAACACCCGCAACCUGCCCGUUCUACGAGCCUUGUAUUCAAUCUGGCUCAACAUCACCGACCGACUCCAUCACUGCCGGGAGAUUGAGUUCAAGCAAUCCAACAAAUUGACCGACUUUGCUCAGGAAUGGAUUGUGCGGCAAAAGCAGCUCUCUCGGACCUGUACAGCAGUGGCAAGUUCCCAGGAGCAGUUCACCGUGCUCAACAAAGCCGUAGGCUUCGUGGUGGAUCUGAAUGCUCUGACAUGCAGCUGCCUCGACUGGCAAGAUCUCCAAUUACCAUGCCGCCACGCCCUCGCUGCCAUUGCUACCACUUCUCGCCCCAUCAACGACUUCGUCCCCCCAGCAUAUCACAUCAGCACAUACAAACAGAUCUACACCGGCGUUACGAUGCCGCUCGAACUGCGAGACCUGGACAACUUUGGCCAGUGCAGCGCCCCAGCCACAAAUCGUCGCGGAAGACCAUCAAUGAAUUCUUCCAAACAACCCCCGAGAGAUGGCGGUGUCCAGCCCCACUGUUCCGUCUGCAGGCAACCCGGACAUUCCGGCCAAAGCGACAUCUGUGCGAACAAUCUCGAGGAGCGGAACAUUGUCGUCCAAGAUCUACCCGAUGGCAUCCGGGCCUUCGAACACAAACCGGGCCCCCCACCUCCGAAACCCCAGUACCCGGCCGUGGCUGUCGUUGUGCCUGUCAAGCCCACGAUUACACACCCUACCACAUCAACCCCUGAGGUGCCGACCGUGUGUGUGCCCCGCAGGCCCCGGGGCAGCAGCCAAAGCAGCCGCAGUAGUAGCAGCAGUGACGACAACAAGACUCCCAGCGAUGAAGGCAACGGCACGGGCAAUGACCGGGGAUCGCUGGACCCAGGCUUCACGCAAAUCUCUUGCUCGCCCCAUUGGGCUCGAUUACCCGGAGAGCAGGACUCACCUGGGGUGAAAAAACCCACAGCCCCAAGGCCUUCAUUGAAUUUUGCACCUGCGCCCUCCGACGGGGGAUCCCGGCUGGAAUGGGCGCUGGACGCGAAGAAGAAACUCGAUGCCGAGAAAGAGUAUCUGUCGUAUGAGGAGUUGAGUCGUCUGCAGGGGCAGAUUCUCGACGGUCUUUUUCUAGCACAGACGUAG